UGUUCGCGUCUUGGAGCUGGAAUUUGGGGAGUGGAAAUACCACUCACUGUUACUUUCACAGUUGGCGUCAAGUCGAAUGAGAGUGACUCCUCUGACAUUCUACUCUGUCGGUCAGUCAGCGCGCUUCGGAAAAGGGGCGAACCUUUACCGAACGGAACGCAGUCAAGAGGAUUAAGAUUUGGGUAGUCCGCUCGCACUCUCAGUACGCAGGUGUUUGUAGCUAACUCGUGCCUUGGUUGAUUUUAGACGGGAUAGUGAGUGUAUGAGAUAUUAUUGAAUUCUGGAACUUUUUCGUUACAUUUUUUUAUGUAAAAAUAUCAAUUUUCGAUUGAUACCUGUCGGGGCACUUUAGGUGACUGGGUUUUCUUGAUCAACAAUUGUUUUCUGCGUUUGGAUUAUUAUAAUUUUCCUUGGAGAUGGCACAUUCUUAUUCUGGGAGAGAUACACGACUUCCAGAGAGAGGAAACCGUAGUUGAAUAAUAACACAGGAUGCUGCUUGCGACCUGAAGCACUCAGAAGAAUUUAGACAUUUCUGAGACGUUUGUUAUUUUGCUUUGCGCACUAUAAGAAGGUGGACAUAUCAAGUAUUUUUUACUUUUUUUUACACGUGUGUAUUUUACAGCACAAUGAUGUAUUGUGGAUUUAUACUUUUCUUUUCAACCCAACUCCUCUUUGUGGCUUCAUUGACUCAAAGUUAUAAAUGUGGAGAUAACAUUGAGAUAACCAGUGCAGAUUAUCUCACCUCUCCUGGCUAUCCGACCUCAUACCCUCCAUCACAACAAUGUAUGUGGGUGAUAUCGGCCCCAGACCCAGGACAGAAGAUACUCAUCAACUUUAACCCUCAUUUUGAUCUGGAGGACAGAGACUGCAAGUAUGACUAUGUGGAGGUGUUUAACGGUGGGGAUGAGGAGGCUCCGACCCUGGGGAAGUUCUGUGGGAAGAUAGCCCCCUCCCCCAUCAUCUCCAGCGGCAACGAGCUCCUAAUCAAGUUUGUGUCCGACUACGAGUCUCCCGGUGCUGGAUUCUCAGUGCGCUACGAGGUCUUCAAGACAGGACCUGAGUGUUCUAGAAACUUCACCUCGUCUAAGGGCGUUAUAAAGACACCAGGCUUCCCUGACAAGUACCCCAACAACCUGGACUGUACCUUCAUGAUCAUCGCCCCCAAAAUGUCAGAGAUCGUGGUGGACUUUGACACGUUCGACAUGGAGCCUGACACCACCCCUCCACCUGGGGCACUGUGUCGCUACGACUGGCUGGAGAUCUGGGAUGGGUUCCCUGCAGUGGGACCCCACAUUGGGCGGUACUGUGGUAACAGCAGUCCUGGCCGAGUCAUCUCCUACACGGGGAUCCUUUCUAUGACCAUCAACACAGACAACGCCAUCGCCAGAGAGGGCUUCUCAGCCAACUACACUGUCAGAGAGAGGAACCUACGACAGGGACCAGAGGAAUUGACCUGUCUGGAGGGCCUGGGGAUGGAGUCAGGAGAGAUCACCUCAGAUCAGAUCACUGCCUCCUCUCAGUACAACCCCAACUGGUCCCCAGAACGCUCCAGACUCAACUACAAAGAGAACGGAUGGACCCCCUCAGAAGACUCUGCUAGAGAGUGGAUACAGGUGGACCUGGGAUUCCUCCGUUUUGUUUCAGCUGUGGGAACACAGGGAGCAAUCUCCAAGGAGACGAAGAAGGAGUACUUUGUCCACUCCUACAAAGUGGACGUGAGCUCCAAUGGAGAGGACUGGGUCACAAUAAAGGAGGGAUCCAAGCAGAUGAUUUUCCAGGGGAACCACAAUCCUACAGAGGAAAAAAGGUCGUUCCUACCGAAGCAGACUCUAGCCCGUUAUGUCCGCAUCAGACCCAUGUCUUGGGAGAUAGGCAUCUGCAUGCGCUUCGAGGUGUACGGCUGCAAGACAUCAGACUACCCUUGCUCCGGCAUGCUGGGGAUGGUCUCAGGUCAAAUCUCAGACGCCCAGAUCAGCGCGUCAUCGCACGCAGAGCGCGGCUGGGUACCAGAGAACGCCAGGUUGCUGACAGGGAGGUCGGGCUGGACCCAGCAACAGACCAGACAUCCCUUCCGGAAUGAGUGGCUGCAGAUGGACCUGGGCCAGGACAAGCUGGUCAGCGGCCUGCUCAUCCAAGGAGGACGUCACAGAGACAAGAAUGUGUUUAUGAAGAAGUUCAAGGUGGGCUACAGCAACAAUGGCUCUGACUUUACUAUGGUGAAGGAAGACAACAGCUCUAGGCCUAAGAUCUUCAUUGGGAACCAGAACCAUGACACCCCAGAGCUGCGUACGCUGGGCCCUCUGCUGACUCGCUUCCUAAGGGUCUACCCAGAGAGAGCCACCCCCGAGGGCCUGGGGCUCAGACUGGAGCUGCUGGGCUGUGAGAUCCAUGAGCCCACAACUCUCCCACUGACCACGGCUGUAGCAACCAUGUUUGCUGUAACCACGUUCGCUGCCACCACAACCGCAUCUGUGACCAUGCCCACCCUGACGUCAGAGUGUGACGACCAGGAGGCCAGCUGUCACAGUGGAACAGGAGGAGGGGAGGACUAUGACACAACAGGUGGCACCACAUUGGCAGACCCAACCCUGGAGGAAGAGCUUGUGCCAGAGUACCUGUGGUUUGCUUGUGACUUUGGCUGGGCGGGCAACCCGUCGUUCUGUGGCUGGACACUGGAGAAGGAUACUGGUGCUGAGUGGAUGAUUCAGACCAGCGGGGCCCCCACCGUCCACAAAGGGCCCAACCUGGACCACACAGGAGUUCCAGGGAACUUCAUCUACAUGCAGCUGGCUGCUGAGACCGAAAUGGAAGAGGAGGAGGACGAGCAGGAGGAGGACGAGCAGGAGGAGGACGAGGUGGAGGAGAGGGUGGCACGCCUAGCCAGCCUGCCUGUCACCGCCCCAGACACGAACCUGUGUGUGUCCUUCUGGUACCACAUUUUCGGGGAGCACGCUGGCACCCUGCACAUCAAACAGAGGAGACAGACAGAGGAGGGGCGGGCGGAGGCACUACUCUGGACCGUCAGUGGACACCAGGGCAGCAGAUGGAGGGAGGGACGGCUGUUGGUGCCCCACUCCAGCACACCAUAUGAGGUGGUGAUUGAGGGAGUGGGAGACAGGAGCACAGGACACAUCGCGCUGGACAAUAUAAAGAUCCUGGAUGGACUCACACCAGAGGAGUGUAAGGAUCCAGAUAUACCAGAGGCUCCUACGUCCCAGCCAACAGAGAUCUGCAUAUACCCGAUGGAGCCCUACUACCCAGAGGAAGUGGAGAAUAGUGAGCUGGGUGGCCCAGGCAACAUGCUGAAAACCCUGGACCCCAUUCUCAUCACCAUCAUCGCUAUGAGCGCUCUGGGGGUUUUCCUGGGAGCUAUCUGUGGUGUCAUCCUCUACUGUGCCUGCUCGCACGGCCACAUGUCCGACAGCAGGAACUUGUCGGCUCUGGAGAACUAUAACUUUGAGCUGGUGGACGGCGUCAAGCUAAAGAAGGACAGCAAGCUGAAUGCACAGAACAGCUACUCAGAGGCGUGAGCGUCAUCCUCUGAGGGAAGAGAACACAAGCAGCCUCAUAGCUGGAGGAACUAGACCACCGGACGGAGGGUUGUGAGUUGUGACUCAAGUGUUGUCCUAUUCCUUAUAUAGGGCACUAUGUAGGGGAUAGGGUGGCAUUUGGGAUGCAGCUGGCUAUAGUGAUGGUGGGAGGUUGUGACUGAGCCAUGCUAUUCUCAGGAGCUGCAGUGAAAGGAACCUACCCGUAGUGGGCACUGUGUAUAAAUAAAACGUGUACAGCAAAAAUUAUUGUUUUGUUUUUUGUUUGUUUUGCAACGUGCUUUGUUUUUCUGUAAUCAGAUGCUGGUGAUGAGACCAAUUGAGAUGGAAAUAUUUAUCAUGUUUUUGUUAUUUUUCUUUUGGAAGGAUAGGAUAUUUUAUUUUUCAUCAGAGGUCAUUAUUAUUCACAGAAAGCGCAUAGAAACGUAUAUUCACUAUCCUGACACGUGGCUCUUCGGCUGGCCAUGUUAUCAGUUUGUAUGUCUGCAUCGAUUUGUGCAUCUUGUUUGUGUGUGUGUGUGCGUGCAUGUACGCAUGCAUGUGUGUGCGUGAGCAAGUGUAUGUGCAUGCAUGUGUGUAUGCAUCCAGAGGGUGCUUGCCCUGGCCCUAGACCUGUGUCUAGUUCCACAGUGCCUUUUUGAAAGUUUAUGUUGCCUUUUCUCCACUGAUUCUCUUCUAAUCAUAGCAGUACGUUAGGCAUCGGCUGGUAGAGUCUGAUUCUGAUCAUAGCAGUACGUUAGGCAUCAGCUGGUAGAGUCUGAUUCUGAUCAUAGCAGUACGUUAGGCAUCAGCUGGUAGAGUCCGAUUCUGAUCAUAGCAGUACGUUAGGCAUCAGCUGGUAGAGUCUGAUUCUGAUCAUAGCAGUACGUUAGGCAUCAGCUGGUAGAGUCUGAUUCUGAUCAUAGCAGUACGUUAGGCAUCAGCUGGUAGAGUCUGAUUCUGAUCAUAGCAGUAAGUUAGGCAUCAGCUGGUAGAGUCCGAUUCUGAUCAUAGCAGUACGUUAGGCAUCGGCUGGUAGAGUCUGAUUCUGAUCAUAGCAGUACGUUAGGCAUCAGCUGGUAGAGUCCGAUUCUGAUCAUAGCAGUACGUUAGGCAUCGGCUGGUAGUCUGAUUCUGAUCAUAGCAGUACGUUAGGCAUCGGCUGGUAGUCUGAUUCUGUUCUGAUCAUGGCAGUACGUUAGGUAUUGGCUGGUAGUCUGAUUCUGUUCUGAUCAUGGCAGUACGUUAGGUAUUGGCUGGUAGUCUGAUUUUGUGCUGAUUUUAGAGUCAGAUUCUGUUCUGAUCAUAGCAGUACGUUAGGCAUCGACAUAUAGAGUCUGAUUCUGAUCAUAGCAGUACGUUAGGCAUCGGCUGGUGGAGUCUGAUUCUGUUCUGAUCAUAGCAGUAUGUUAGGCAUCGGCUGGUAGAGUCUGAUUCUGAUCAAUGCAGUACGUUAGGCAUCGGCUGGUAGCAGUACGUUAGAUUGGGAGAGCAGGGUCAGAUUGGCAGGAUUCCAUGCCAUCCCUCCAUAGCACAUGACACAUCCAACUUAUUGUACAUAGGUUUUAAUAUAUUUGAGCGCCUUUAUAAAAAGAGACAAAAUGCUGCAGUAUCCUUUCUUUGUGGUAGGCAAUGUUAUCUGGCUGUCAUUGUGUUGUUAUGUUCCAUUGGUGCUCCCCCAAUGCUGCCUGGGAAAUGAGGGUUAUUAAAGCCAAUGGUUAUGGCCUUUUGAGAGAUGUUCAGAUUCAGCCAUGAUCAUCAGUAUUGAGCCUUAUUAAUAGGGGCAACAAUUGGCUACAAAGGCCUAACAAGGAGAGAGUGAAGAAGUGUCCAAAAUGACACCCUAUUCCCUACAGAGUGCACUACUUUUUACCAGAGCCCUAUGGGCUAUAUAAAAGUAGUGUACUAUAUAUGGAAUAUGGUGCUAUUUGAGACGUAGUCAGACAACAGACUGGGUGGCUGAAGCAUCUCUACGAAGAAAAUGCUAUGACAAUACCUGGGACAUUAUGGGCCAGUUUCUCAGACAUAGAUUCAGAAUCUCGUUGAGAAUGCUUUCAAGUCCUGGACUAGGCUUAACCUACGUCUGGGAAAGCGUCCCUACAUGUCUGUGGUAGAAUGAUGGCCCUUGAUGGAAUGAGAGAGACCCGUGUGACAUCAUGCUGUAUGUACUGUAGCCUACAUCCUCUUUGCUCUCCUUUUUGUCUGUAUUGAAUGUUAAUGUGAAGAGUUCAGACAAAACAAAGCACUGUAUGAAAUGGAGAAGACAUAGGUCCAAGGUUUAAUCAAUGGAUGUGAUGUAGCUUAUUCCUUCCGACGGGGUCUAUGAGCUUCUAUGUUUAGAUUCCUUCAUGUUUUCUUCAUGCGGUGGUAGCUAGUUAAACAGCUGUUUCAUAGUUCUGCUUCGAGCUCAUAACAGUAUUCCACAUUCCAUAGGAUUAGAAUGAUUGUAAUUCAAAUGAGUCAUUCUAUUUCUAUGGUUCCACCCCUUGUAAAGGCAUAAUGUUUUGGUGUUGUCUUCGUCAAUAGGAAAGGAUGCUGCAGCACUAGAUGUGAAAACAAUGUUGCACUGAUAUAUUUAAAAGAUCUUGGUGUUGUUUAUGAUAUUCACUUGUGAAAAAAGAGAAAGAAAGCAAAAGAAGGAUAAGACAGUGUUACAGAUAACUCUUUUAUAUGGUUUCAGAUGAUAUAGUUCUGAAAUGUACAAUUAUGGAGAUGUUUUUCAUUAUUGAAAAAGCUAUACAUGUCUCUUUACUUAUGUAAUGUUCAACUUGGUAUGUUAUAUCACCUUGUGUUUUUUGUACUGUCACAAAUGUCUGUGCCAUUUUCUUUUCUACAAAAUGUUUGAUUUUCAAUACUGCUUCUGUAAUUUGCAGUCCCAGAUCAAAAAAAGAAAAAAGACGUAAGCAGUUGAGGCCUUAAUGACUCAAGUAAUGUUUCUUUACUUGGACUCCGUCCCAAAUGUCUCUAUUCCCUAUAUAGUGCACCCAUAGGGCUCUGGUCAAAAGUAGUGCACGAUGUAGGGAAUAGGGUGCCAUUUGACUCCCUGGUCAGCUUCAAGACCCAUCUGUCUAUGUUGUUUCUGACUCUGUUCAAUGACUACUACAUUCCAAAGAAUUGGAUCAAAUAAAAGUUUGAAUAAGA